AUGGUACCUGGAUGUUGGGUUACCGAUGGCGAGCGUGAUCCUCAGGAUAUUCUGGCGCCAACACGAGCUUUUCAGCCAGGUCUUUAUAAUUUGCAGCAGAUGAUACCAGUGGGAAUUCGGAGACACAGGGGAUCAAACAAGCGUGGCGUCGCUACAAGUGGUUGGCUGGACUCGAACUUCGAUCAUGAUGUUCUCGAGGUAGAUGGAUGGCAGAAAGCCACGACCACCGAAGUGCAUAUCAGAAGUCAGGGAAGAAUCGAUUGCGAUUUACGAAGCCCGGAAGAAUUUACCUUGAGUCCUGUUGGGCCACUAUCGAAGGAGUACCUCAUAGAUUCCUGUAUGUAUUAUACUGUUUCAUAUCAAAAAUCUCAACAGCAAUGCUGAAAAUCAACAAGUUACAGCUAGGGAUUCUAUAUCCCCAGAAGAGUCUUGGUUGA